AUAUAUCUAGAUCAAGGAUGUCCCACACAAUCCUGUUGGUGCAGCCGGGGGUCAAGCUGGACACGAGGACGUACACAGACUUCGAGACGAUCAGUGAAUGUCUGGAGGGUGUUUGCAAGAUAUACGAGGAGCACUUGAAGAGAAAUAAUCCAAAUAUUCCCAGCAUCACAUACGAUAUAUCUCAACUAUUCUCAUUUGUAGACGAGUUAGCCGACCUGUCCUGUCUGGUCUACGAGAAAUCAACCAACACCUAUAUCCCCUACAACAAGGAGUGGAUAAAAGAGAAAAUAUUCAUGCUUCUCCGGACUCAGGCUAGCAAGUGAACUAGGAGAUUCAUCCUUCGGACUCAUGCUAGUAAUUGAACCAGAAGAUUAAUCCUUCUCCGGACUCAAUCUUCUAAGUGAACCAGGAGAUUAAUCCUUCUCUGGACUCAUGCUUCUAAGUGAACCAGGAGAUUAAUCCUUCUCCGGACUCAGGCUUCUAAGUGAACCAGGAGGUUCAAUUAUCUCCACUCAGGCUAGCAAGUGAACUAGGAGAACUAGGACGUAGCCCAGCACUUGAACCAUCAUACUUUUCAUUCAGUGGGAAAAAUCUGAAAAAUAUCAAGAAUCGAGACAAAAAAAAAUAAUAAUUAGUGAAAGCGAUGUAAUUAAAUAUCUAAAUAUUUAUCAUUUGCUCAGCAUUUUUUUUGUCAUGCUACCGUACCAAACUUAAAGAUCGCCGAUUGAUUAUACCGAUAAUUGUAAAGAUCUUACUGUUAAUAAUGCAUUAAAUAAGUCCCAUGUUACACGUUGUAUUUAACUUAGCUUCACAUUCUUAGUUGUUUUAAGAUAACAGUAUAAAAUUUUCUUUUGCACACGUCAAGCGUGCAUUUUUGUUAAGUUUGGAUAAAUUAGAUUUGUUGUAUUUUCAGAAA